AUGUCUGCAAAGAAAUUAGGAACACUUGUAGUUAUAGCUGUAAGAGCUAGAAAUUUAAUAUCUCGUGAAGUAUUUGGUAAAGGAAAUCCUUAUGCAACAUUUCGUAUAGGAGAUAAAGAAGAAAAAAUACCACCACAUAAAAAAGGAGGGCAGCGUCCAGAAUGGGAUAAAGAAGUUCGUUUUGAGCUUUUCGAUGUUUCACACCACAAAAAGAUGAUAGUUAAAGUUUUUAGUGAUAAACUUAUUGGAGACACAACUAUUGAUCUAGAUAAAGUCCUCACUAAUGGUGAAUGGGAUGAUAUCGUAAUAAAUAUUAAUCAACCUGUUCCUUUAAUGAAUAGCACUCAAUAUAUUUCAUCAUCAUUGAACAAUAAUAAUAGCAUUCCAUCUAUUCCUCCAAACAAUAAUAUUAACAACAACAAUCAAUAUCCUCUUCAAAUCAAUACUAAUAAUACUAAUAAUAGCAAUCAAUAUAUUCCCCAAAUUAAUAACAAUAACAACAAUCAACAUUUUCCCCAAAUUAAUAACAAUAACAGCAAUCAAUAUCCUCUUCAAUUUGACAAUAACCAAUACUCUUCUCCACUUAAUUAUAAUAGUAAUCAGUAUAUUCAUACUAAUAUCAAUAAUCAAUAUCCUCCACCAAUCAUUAAUAAUCAAUAUGUACCAAUUUCAUUAAAUAAUCCAACUUAUCCAACUAAUACAUCACCAACCUAUCCACCAAUGAAUUUGAGAUCAUCACUGCCACCACAACCACAACAACAAAACCCUAUGCAAUAUAUUCAAUAUAUUUCACCGCCAUCUAUUCAACAACAGCAAUCAUUGAGGUUACCCCCCACAGCAACAACAGCCUCCACCACCACAAAAUAA